CGAGGGUUCCGCCGCGAAAGUGGCGAGAAAGUAAAUACUUUGAAAUGAGGCCCGCAAAAGUAAAAAAAAUUGGUCGCGAAAGCGGCAGGAAAGCACUCGCGAAGACCUAGCUGAUUAGAACCCCACCGCAACCCGUUUUUGACACAGCUCAAUUGUAUGAGGCCCCAUUUUGCGCAGUGACUUAAUCCAAACGAUCCCCCAGAUCAACGCACUCAGAGCACCCAGGCACUCACAGCUUGCGAGAGGGCUGGCCUUUGGCCAGAAGCCUUUGCUUUGAUGGAAGGAAUGCGACACAAAACUGUGUGCCCCAACCAGCUGAGCUUUGGUGCUGCGAUCAGCGCAUGUGGACGGCUUGGCUUGUGGCUGCGAGCGCUGCAGCUUGUGAAUGGCAUGGAGCGCGGGGCGUGGAGCAUACCACCCGAUGCCAUCAGUUUCAGUGCCUGCAUCAGCGCCUGCGAGAAAGGGUCCGAGUGGCAAAGUUCCCUCUCUUUUCUGAAGACGAUGGCCUCCAAAGGAGCGGAACCCAACACGUUGAGCUGUAGUGGAGCAGUCAGUGCAUGUGAAAAAGCAAGUGGCAGCCUUUGGCAUGUGGCAUUGAGUUUGUCAGUGAUGGCUUCUCCAGAUGUGGUGAGUCACAGCGCCACGAUCAGUGCUUGCGAGAAGGCUGCAAAAUGGGCGUUAUGUUUGGAGCUGUUGCUUCUCUCACCAUCUCUGAGAUUGGUUGCCAACUUGGUCACCUACAAUGCAGCAAUAAGUGCUUGCGAUCGACAAAGCCAAUGGGAAAGUACAAUCCUGCUGUUAGCUGCCUUGGCCUCACAGCUUUUGAAGCCAGAUCUCUUGAGCUUCAAUGCAGCCCUUAGCGCUUGCCGCUGCCAGCCUUGCGCUAGGAUUUUACUGCAUGAUAUGGAAGGCCACAGCCUGGAGCCCGACAUGAUCACCUUUGCAAGUCUUCGGUGCUUAACUGGAGAAGAGGUGCCAGCAAUGCUCUCAUCUAUGGAUGGCCCAAAGAGCGACAUUCAGAGUGGAUCUCGGUGAGCAUCCGCCCUUUAGAAUCCUUUAGAGCUAGCUAUAUAAUCUGCACUGCCCGUGUAGAGCGCCGAAACCUAUUGGAAAGGCGACUGGGUCAGAAAACAGUAUGCCUUCAACCAAGAAGAAUCCAACAGGUACACAGUCAGACGUCUCUGACUUCGUUGGCCAGCGUCGUGAUGCUACUCCCUGGCCCCCUGCUGCAAAUGCGAUUGAGACGG